AUGAAUCAACUUAAAGACCCUAAAUCGGAUCUUUCAAUAACAAUAAAUACUGCAACAGAAAUCUAUACUCUCAAAAAACCAUUUCUUAUUAAAUAUUGCGAAAAUAAAAAAUUAAAAUCAACAGGUACAACUAGUGAAUUAAGAGCUAGACUUAGUAGAUACUUAAAAGGCACCAUAACAUUAGACGACAUAGAUAACACAUUAAGCAAAGAAGAAUGCGAUUUAAUUUUAAUCAAAGCAAAAACUAAUAAAAUCGAUUUUAAAAAGAAGCAGGAAUACUCGAUUCGAGCGAUUCAAGCACUGACACAAAUACAAUUAAUAAAUUAA